CUGCCUUUGACGACGCGGUGGAAGAGCGUGUGAUCAAUGAGGAAUACAAAAUAUGGAAGAAGAAUACCCCUUUUCUUUAUGAUUUGGUGAUGGUGCAUGCCAUGGAGUGGCCCAGUUUAACUGCCCAGUGGCUUCCAGAUGUAACCAGGCCUGAAGGAAAAGACUUCAGCAUUCACCGGCUUGUCCUGGGAACACAUACGUCAGAUGAACAAAACCACCUGGUGAUAGCCAGUGUCCAGCUUCCGAACGAUGAUGCUCAGUUUGACGCAUCUCACUAUGACAGUGAGAAAGGAGAAUUCGGAGGUUUUGGCUCUGUCAGUGGGAAAAUUGAAAUAGAAAUCAAGAUCAACCAUGAAGGAGAAGUAAACAGGGCUCGAUACAUGCCCCAGAACCCUUGCAUCAUUGCAACAAAGACUCCAUCCAGUGAUGUGCUUGUUUUUGACUACACAAAGCACCCUUCUAAACCAGACCCUUCUGGAGAAUGCAACCCAGAUUUACGUCUCCGUGGACAUCAGAAGGAAGGUUAUGGUCUUUCUUGGAAUCCAAAUCUCAGUGGGCACUUACUUAGUGCUUCAGAUGACCAUACCAUCUGCCUGUGGGACAUCAGUGCAGUUCCAAAAGAAGGAAAGGUGGUGGAUGCAAAGACCAUCUUCACAGGGCAUACAGCAGUAGUAGAGGACGUUUCCUGGCAUCUGCUCCACGAGUCUCUGUUUGGGUCUGUUGCUGACGAUCAGAAACUUAUGAUCUGGGAUACUCGUUCGAACAAUACUUCCAAGCCAAGCCACUCGGUUGAUGCUCACACUGCUGAAGUGAACUGCCUGUCUUUCAAUCCUUACAGUGAGUUCAUUCUUGCCACAGGAUCAGCUGACAAGACUGUUGCCUUGUGGGAUCUGAGAAACCUGAAACUCAAGUUGCAUUCCUUUGAGUCACAUAAGGAUGAAAUAUUCCAAGUUCAAUGGUCACCUCACAACGAGACUAUUUUGGCUUCUAGUGGUACUGACCGUAGGCUGAAUGUCUGGGAUUUAAGUAAAAUUGGAGAAGAACAGUCCCCAGAAGAUGCAGAAGAUGGCCCACCAGAGUUGUUGUUUAUUCAUGGUGGUCACACUGCCAAGAUAUCUGAUUUCUCCUGGAAUCCCAAUGAACCUUGGGUGAUUUGUUCUGUAUCAGAAGACAAUAUCAUGCAAGUGUGGCAGAUGGUAAGUGUUCGGCCAUUAUUUAGGGGACAGUAGGUACGUGAGGCCAUC